AUGACUAUGAAGAGCCGUGGCGGAAGAGAAUCUGGAAAUGUGAAAUCCCUGCUAGGACUGCCCCGUGGGACCACAACGACACUCCCAUCACUCACACGAAUGGGCGGUAGUUGGCCACCACCACAAUCACAACAACAACAACUAUCACCACAUCUGCCAGAACGACUCUCACCACCACCACCGCAAGCAUUGUCUCAACAACAAGUAUCAUCCUCAUCUCAACAGCAGGUUGGGGGUGCCUCAUUUUUAUUAACUCCCUCGCCGUUGUCUUCGGCGACGACUGUGGCCCCCGCCCCCGGGGCUCCGGCGCUGGUGGUGCGGGGGAGUAGUGCCCUCGCCGGGGGAGACCGCCGCCCACCGCCCCGCUCGCCGUCGCCCACCCGCUCGCGUUCCUCUUCGCCCCCGCACGGGCAGUCGCCCUCCCACCCCUUUCCGCGGGUACCCCCACCCCAGCAGCAGCAGCAGCAGCAGCAGCAGCAGCAGCCAUCAACACCAUCAAAGCAGCCUAUACCGCCUCCUCCGGCGCUGCAGUCCCCACGACAGGGGAAACCAACGACGGUGAAUGUUCCUGCGAGUGGAGUUACAGUGUCGCCAGCGCGUGGACUUCCAUCAGUACGUGGUCAGAGUGCGGCAUCGCCAAGAGGAAGACACGAAAAUCAGACUACGAAACAACCUUUACCACGAUCACAGCAAACUGUUGUAUUUUUAGAAAGUGUGGAGACUGAAUCAACACAUGCAACUGAGAGUCAACAUGAAACAGAGAAUGGUUUAAACGGUGGGCCAUUACAAAUCAAACAAGAAAGGAAUACUCCAGCAGGAAGUAGUGAAAUGUCAGAGUCUAGGGGAGAAGAUGUGCUACAACUAUUUACUCUAGAUAUAAUGAAAUUUGCUGAACUAGAAAAUAGUGGAGAUUCUAAAAUGAUGCAUACGAAAGAUAAUGGGGCAAAUAGUACUGAACCACCAAAGAAUGAUGCGACAUUACCACCCAAUUUGAAUCCAUGUUUCGUCUAUGGUUCUGAGUGGGAAUCACAGUUAGGGGUUAAUGUUUUGAGUCAAUCCCCAUUCAAUGGCUCUAGACGUUCCCAUCCUAAUCAUAACAGCAGAAAUAAUAGUCUGACAAGUCUUGGAAGGAGUGUAAAUAUGGAACGUCUUCGAGCACGAAAGCGGCAAUCUAUAGUGGCAUUAAGUGAAAGAAAAAAAUUAGCGAGAGAACUUCAAAUGUCAGGAGAAUUUACACAAGAUGAUCCACAGUUAAAACGUAUGCUUGCCCGUGAAUCACAAAAACGACGAGUUAAAAAGGAUGCUCCAUCACUUUACUCUGUAGCUCUACCUAUUUUUAAUGAAGAAACAGGUGUAUUAGGGGAUGAUUGUGUUUUCCCAAAAUCUCUUUCUGUUGAUGAUGCUAUUCAACGUGUCCUUGAGAAAGAAAGAGGUGAACUUCGCACAAAGACGAGUGGUGUUGGUAUUACUAGAUUCCUUAGAGAAUUUGAAGAAAGUCGUGAAAUUAUUUAUUUAUAUUUCUGGUAUAUAGUAGCUCAUAUACGUCGUGUAGAUGCAGAAAAUACUCUUUUAGGUCGAUAUUUACAUCUUCAACGUGUUUUUCGAAGUAUGUUUCCUCGUCAUAAAGGUGAAUUACCUUCUAUAUCAUUACUUGAACAAACUAUGGCAAAAGCAUUGGAAGUUAUUUCAAAAAAACGUCGACAAAAUAAAGAAGUAAAUGAAGAAACACGAGAAGAAGAAACGGUAUUUUUUUCAUUUAAUGGAGAUGAUUUAUCUGUAAUGGAUGGUAGUACUUGUAGUACUCCUCUUUUAUCUUCUGAAGAUGGAAAUCGAUCAUUUAAUAGACGACGUAAUAGUAGAAGACAAAGAACUGGAAGUGUAAGUUAUGCUGGUUUUUCAGUUUUGGGAGUGAGUGAACUUCCAAAUGAUAAAUUGCAAUCCUGUGAUGUACCAUCUGUGAUACGAUGUGCUGGAGCUAUUGAUAUUUUUACAGUAAUGCAAGUAGAAGUAUAUGAACUUGCUGAAUUUGGAUCUCGUUGUUUUCAUCGUCUUUCUUUACUUUUUACUCAAGCCUUUGGACGAUUACGAGCGGAAAAAGAUGAAAUUCUUGCGGCUUUCAUGUAUGUAGUUCCUCAUGUGACUUAUUAUGUGUUAUUGUAUUGUUUUCCUAAUGAUGUAGUGGCGGGUAUGUUUAGUGGACCUAUGCGUUUAGCCCUUUAUCGCAUUUUUUAUUAUUGGUGUAGUGGACUUACAGCCACUUGUGUGCGGGUGAACGGCUGGCCAACACCAGGCUCAUCCGAUGUGUCUAAUCUCUUACCAUCACCAUUAAUGCAAAGUCUAACAGGCGAACCACAACUACAAAAACAACCAAAACAACAGGAAUCAUCAUUACCAGAGAGACAAGAAGAAGAAGAUAAUGAGAAUGAUGAAGAAGAAGAAGAAGGAACUAAAACAAGUUUAGGAGAAACUCCAAUGAGAGAAGGAAGAGAAGGAGGAGGAGAUGUGACGACUACACUUGAUUCCCAUACAGACCUCAAACCCUCAACGCAUAAGAAUGGAUUAGCCGAUACUUCCUAUUCCCAUUCUCUCACUUUCUCUGUAGUGGAAGAGGCUCUUCGUCCAUUAAAUGAUAAUUCCUUUGAGGAUGUGGAUGUGGAAGUGGCAAAUGGUCAUCAUCGUCUCAUUUUGGAGUUUAAAAAGUACGCCAAACAUGUGAAUUAUUUAGUACGGGAACUAGAGCAACGGACAUUAGAUAUGCAUAGACAAGUAUUACAAGAACCGUGCAUUCCUCAACAACAACAACAACAACAGCAAGAAGAACAACAACAGCAACAACAACAAACGCAAAAAAAAUUUAAAAAAAAUGUGGCCUUCGCAGAACCAAUAAAUACAAAGAAUUCAGCAGGAAAGAAAAAGAAUGAAAAGGGAAAUGGUAUUUCUGUGGAUACAAACAAUCAUAAAAGGAACACUAAUUAUAAUAAGAAUAAUAAUAAUAAUAAUAAUAUCACAACUAUUACACCUAAUGUACCAAAACAACCCACACGACGAAUGGAUAAUAAUAAUGUAAUUUUACCUUGUAUAGGAGGAGGAGGAGGAGGAGGAACACGUGGGAGAAGUAAUAGUAAUAAUAGCACUAAUAGUAAUAACACUUGUGUACUCUCUUUAUUCCCACUUGAUAGUGCUGCUGUGAAUAUACGUCGAUACAUUACACGUCAAGCGGAUAUGUCUUUAAUACAGGUUCCACUGCCACCAUUAAAUGAGAUCACAUCAACAGAAACCGGUCAAAAUAGUUUAAUACGAUCUCGUGUGGCUAGAGUCUCACUUCCUGCCGCCUCUCCGUUUUUUCUUUACUUUGCAGAGGAACGACUUAAAAAGAAUAGAUCCCCUUCUCCUCAUACUUUGCGGGAUUUAUCAUCUUUUACAUAUCAUGAUGGAAGUCGUCGUUGUAGUGUGAAUUCCAGUAAUAAUAGUAAUAUCAGCGCCGUACAGGCUGCCCCUCGUCACCAUGAUCUUGUUAACAGCAAUAAUAAUAAUAAUAAUAAUAAUAAUAAUAAUAAUAAUAAUAAUAAUAACAAUAGUAGUAGUAGUAACAAUUACAAUGUUAGUAAUAGUCGUAGUAGUUUAUAUGCAAAGAAGAAUACUAAAGGACCUACUACUACGACAACUACUACUGGCAAUACGGCUAACUCAUUAUUCCCUCAUCGCGGUACGGAGAAGACUAUCAAACUCACAUUAAUUCCACCAUCCGACACCCGUCUACGGCCAUUACAGUUUAAAGCUCUCACGAGAGAUGUUACCCGGCGACAGAAUGCACUUAGUAGACAAUUAGAUAUGAUGUCUGAGCGCGAACAGCAAUUGCGUCGACAGUACAACGCAGAUACCCAACAUGGUCUACGUCGGGUGGAUCAACUUCUCGCAGAGUGUCAAAACACUCGAUUUGAUACCCAUACCUUUAAAAGUCUAUUGGGAAAUAAUAAUAAUAAUAACAGGGGGAGACAGAGGCAUGACCAUCAACAUCGAUCACCACAACGAGAACAUCACCAAGAAGCGAAGAAAAGAAGUGGGAGAGGAAAUGGAAGUGUGCCAAGACGUAGAGAAGCACGUGCAGAAGAGAGAGGUGUUUGGUAA